CUCCGUUGUCCGUUUUGAUGUCAGGGCCAGGACGUAUAUAACAGGCAAUGCCUUGGUUCCCGCCCAGUUCAUAGCCCCCCUUGUCAUGUCAACGCGCCGCUGAGCACAGCCAUCCCCACUGCAGAUAAAGGCCUCCCAGCUAGCGUACUGCCCCUCGCCCCUCCGAGCUCUCGCAUCCGGCUUCGUGUGGCGCCCUCACGACGCGACGGGGUCUCUAGCCCGGCGAUAAGUUGACACCGGCUGCAUUCGUCCUGUCCUCCGUGCACCUCUCUCUUUACCACCACCAUGGGCCUCUGGUCGCACCUCCUCCGCGUCCUCUCCACCGUCCACGGUCGGCUGGUCCCGGCGGCGACAAAGGAGGAGCCCAGUCAUGUCAUCGACACGUCCCCCCUCAAGCAAGUCCGCAUCGUCGAGCACUAUAACGAAUACUACUCUCCUCGCGUAGGCGAGAAGACGCCGAGCCCGGCGAGCGCGAUGGCCCCGCUGCCGCCGUCGCAGCAACCCGUCGCGUCGUCGUCCACCAAUCCCGCAGCACAUAUGUCCAUGCCCACGCACGAACAUGUCACGACCGCCCAACCACUCCCCCCGCCCACGCAUAUCCCCUCCGGCAACGCUACCCGCCCUCGCAAACGCAAGCGCAGCAACUCUGCCACCGUCCACAGGCUGCUCGCGCCCGGCUCGCCUCUCCAUUUCAACCUGCGGGCGCAACGCCCCUCCGUCACUACCUCCCGCUCGCACGGCGAUAUGUCGACAGACCUCCUCUACGAACCCGCCACCGCCCCCGCCCUUCCCACCCUCACCGUCGUCGUCCCCGGUACUCCCUGGGCACUGCCGAUCACCGCCUCCAACGCCUCCUAUGUGAACGUCAUGGACGUGCUGAGCGCCCUGCACAGCGGCCUUCGCUACGGCGUCACGUCGGACGAGUACUACGGGCUGCCGACACGGGAGGAGCGCGACGCCGUCGCCGCCGCAUAUGCCGCGCGCUGCGACCGCGUCCCGGAGGCCGACAGGGACGAGGAGCGGAAGAAGGGCAUCAAGCGCAUCGACUUCCUGACGAGCCACUACCGCUUUCGCGGGCUGGACUACUCGCAUCAGGGCGCGGGUGUCUUCACGUUGCAUGUCCAGCAAGCGCGUUAGGGUUUCGACUUGGCGUUGGCAUCGGCAUGUAUGCGCGGGAGGCAUGGUUAGGGAUUGUUCCUGUCGCGCUGGGUUUCAUUGUUAUCGCGCCACACGGGCGCAUGUUUGGGUGCAUAGACUGGACGGCUCGCUUGAGAAACAGAAAAGUGCUUGUACAGUAAUGAGCGUAAUGACUGGGUUACGAUGGAGUAGUUGGAGAAGUAGACUUAUACUUAAACUUAUGUACAGUAACGAUUCGAACGUUAUGACGCGACCUGCAUAGACUUUGGGCAGUGUUCGAAGACUUCGCCAUGACAGCUUUUUGGACGUAGAUGCCUCGUUGUGCAGCAC